UCCCUUCUCUCCCUCCCCGCACAGAAGAAGAGCAUCCUCGAAGCUAAUCACUUUUUUCAUUCCAGCCUCAGCAUCCUCCUCUUCCUCCUCCUCGUCUUCAUCCUGCUCCGAGAAGAGGAGAGCCGAGAACGUGCGUUUUGCUUCUUCUCCUUCUUUGACCGACUCAGCGUGCUCCACAGGGCGGAUAUGUUGUGCCUCGCGGUCCCGCCGCUGGUGCUGGUGCUGCUCGGCUCCAGCAGCUUCCAGGCCGCCACCGCCGCCGCCGCCGCCGCCGCAACCGAAGUGCGGAGCGUGAAGGAGGCGGAAAAGACGGGCAAUUUUAUGGAGGACGAGCAGUGGCUGUCCACCAUUUCCCAGUACAGCCGCAAGAUCAAGCACUGGAACCGUUUCAGAGACGAUGAUUAUGUGCGCAACUGGGAUGAGAAUCAAGGCUCAAGUGACAAUGUGGACACCACCAAGGACCCCUGUCAAAAGGUUAAGUGCAGCAGGCACAAGGUGUGUAUGGCCCAGGGCUACCAGAGAGCUGUGUGCAUCAACCGCAAGAAGCUUGAGCACAGACUCAAGCAGCCUGCUCUCAGGUCCUCUGAUGGCAACUGUCAGCCAUGUCCCAUCUCCUCCACCGGGCCUGUGUGCGGAUCUGACGGACACAACUACGCCUCAAGGUGCAAGCUGGAGCAGCAGGCGUGUCUCACGGGGAAGGAGCUGACCCUCAAGUGCUCGGGUCUGUGUCCGUGUUCAACCGCCGUUCCCACCGCCAAGCAGGAGAGUAAACGUGAGAGUUGCACCGGACAGGAUCUGGCUGAUCUUGGCGAGCGUCUUCGGGACUGGUUCCAACUCCUUCAGAGCAACGCCAAGCAGAACAAUAACAGCAAGCCUGGGGCCAAGAGCACCACAGCCAACACUGCAACCGUGCUGGACAGGAGCCUGGUGGCCAGCUGUAAGGACUCCGUAGGUUGGAUGUUCUCCAAGCUGGACACCAACAACGACCUGUACCUGGACCAGGCCGAGCUGGCCGCCAUCAACCUAGACAAGUACGAGAUCUGCAUCCGUCCCUUCUUCAACUCGUGUGACUCCUACAAGGACGGCAAAGUGUCCACGGCCGAGUGGUGCCUGUGCUUCUGGAGAGAGAAACCACCAUGCCUGGCCGAGCUGGAGAGGAUCCAAGUGUUAGAUGGCGGCAAAAGAAAGUUUGGUCGCUUCAUCCCAUACUGCGAUGAGGAUGGCUUCUACAGGAAGCUGCAGUGUGACAGGGGCGAGUGCUGGUGCGUGGACCAGUACGGCGGCGAAGUAGCCGGGUCGAGGAUUCGUGGAAAACCAGAUUGCGACGACGAACCCGCAUACUCGGGCGACUUUGGCAGCGGCGUGGGCUGGGAGGACGAGGAAGAGAAAGGCGGCGAGGAGACCGCCGAGGAGGCUGAGGAGGAAGAGGGCGAGGCGGGAGAAGCGGAUGACGAGGGCUACAUUUGGUAAAGAGUCGAGCGUUUGUCCCUGCAGCCUCCCUCUCUGUGUCUUUUUCCAACGGCAUCUCCAUGUCCCAAACACACACAAACAACAAACAGAGGCGUAAACUCCCAAGGUGGACAUUGAAAAGGGAAACAUAUCACAAGCAGUAAUUGUGGGGUGUGCAGUCAAACAGCUUGUCCCUCAUAUUUGUGAAUCUUUGUUCUAUUCUCUUGUACGUACGUUUUAUUUCUAGGAGAUUUUCAGCAGCUUUCCGGUAUAUUAAAAUGGCCGACCAUCUCCUGUUGCGUUCAUUAGAUUAGAAACUUUUUUUUUUUUUUUUUAAGUGGAAAGUAUACAGAGGACAUUGACUGUGACUUUACUGUCCUCAUCUCAUGCGCUUCAGCUCAUAUGUGACAGUAGUGCUGUCUCAUUCUUAACACGUCAGUCCGCAGCUUGUAAAUAACGUCACGUCACGUUGUGUACCAGAUGAGAGGUCGCCGCGCGCUCCGGCGUGGGCCCCUCUUCGCUUAGGCGACAAGUGUACAUCGUAUUGUCGUGUGGGUCGCGUGUUGUGUUUAUUAAAAAAGGAAAUAAUAAGCAUUCAAUAAACGUGAGUGUGUGUGGUCCCAGCUGGCCACCGUA